GUGUGUGUGAAUACUGACGGUUCAGUGAAACAGCCAGGAUCGACGGCAGCUGGCGGCGGGUUAAUUCUCGAUUUGUCUGGGAAAUGUCUGGGAGCGUUUGUUGAGAAUCUCGGAGUGUGCACGAUUACUCGAGCUAAAAUCAUGGCGGCCAUCCGGGGUCUUCGGGUUGCGUGGAGGAAUGGGUACAGGAAGGUUCUUCUCCAAAUGGAUUCCACCACAGCUAUUAAUAUCCUUACCUCCAGUGAGCAUAUGGAGCACAUGUACUAUAUCCUGGUUCAGCAGCUCCAGGAAUUACUCAAUAAGAGCUGGGAAGUGAAGAUUUCCCACAUAUACAGAGAAGGGAACAAAGUGGCGAAUUUUCUGGUCAAUAAGGGUCACUCUAUUAGCAUUGGUUUUCAUGAUUUUGAGGUCUCAGACUCGGGUUUAUCCUUUUGGAUCUUGUAUAACACUUUGGAUAUUUCCCAAACCCGUUUAAUUUAA